AUGGUGAACAAUCGCAACUACGACUUCCUGAUUAAGCUGUUGCUAAUAGGCGACUCCGGCGUCGGAAAGUCCUGCUGCUUGCUGCGCUUCAGCGAGGACUCCUUCACCCCGUCAUUCAUCACCACCAUUGGCAUCGAUUUCAAGAUUCGAACUAUUGAGCUCGAUGGGAAGCGCGUCAAGCUGCAGAUAUGGGACACUGCCGGCCAAGAGCGAUUCCGCACCAUUACCACGGCCUACUACCGCGGUGCCAUGGGCAUUCUGCUAGUCUACGACGUCACCGACGAGCGAUCGUUCAACAAUAUCCGAACCUGGUUCCAAAAUGUUGAACAACAUGCCACCGAAGGUGUCAACAGGAUCUUGAUUGGUAACAAGUGCGACUGGGAGGACAAGCGAGUAGUAUCAACAGAGCAGGGCCAGGCUUUGGCCGACGAGCUCGGCAUCCCGUUUCUCGAGGUCUCGGCGAAGAGCAAUAUCAACAUCGACAAAGCCUUCUACAGUUUGGCCGCCGAUAUCAAGAAGCGUCUCAUCGAUAGCUCCAAGAACGACCAAGCGACCGGUACCGGCGUCAACGUUGGUGAUAAGACCGACGCAGGUGGCAGCAAGUGUUGCUAG